AUGACUAGAAUUCUAGCACAACACCCUCCAAGUGGAUGGCCCUCGGAAACAAUGUCAAUAGCUCUGCCGUAUCAAGCAGCGAGCGAGUGGUACACAAGUGUCUUGGGCAAUUGCGUCGGCAAUAAUUCUCUGCCACUUGUGUCUGUGGCCGCGUUAUUCGUAGUUGACCGUGAAGCUCCACAAAGCCUGUAUGUAGUUGUACGCGCGUUGUCGCAUUGCAUGGUACGAUAA